GACAGACGGACACAAAGGCUUCAGAGGAGGCGUCUUGUGCUCAGAUCUUUGGAGGAUUUAAAGACUGAUGUGAUUUAGCUACUUUGUUCCUCAUUCAUUCAUUUCUUCAUCGAUUCUUCAGACUGAGAUGUCUCCUCUGUCUCUUCUCGCAGCUGUGCUGCUGAUGUCAUUGCGCUGCGUUCAGGGUCUGCAUGUGGAGGUGUUUCCCAGAAGGCCUCUGUUCAGGCUGGGGGAGCGUCAGCAGCUGGUGUGUCGGGUCCAGGACUGUCCCACAAUGCCAAGCGUUUCCUGGUCCGUGCUGGGGGACCGACCUCAGACGGCCUCCGUCAGCACCAACGGGACCUGGUCUGUGAUCAGCUUUAACCCCGUGAUGAUGGAGCAUGAAGGAGUUCUGCUCUGUAGAGUUGGCUGUGGAGGAAAGAACAAGCAGAUCAAGACGUCUGUGCAGGUUUACUCCUUCCCAUCAGCCCCUCUGAUCCUGGGCCAGGACCACCUGAGUCUGGGGGCGGAGUCUGUCCUCACCUGUCAGGUGUCUGAUCUUUACCCCGCUGAGCUGCUGACCCUCAACUGGCUCAGAGGUGAUGUCGUCCUGCAGAGCAUUAUGGAAGAUCCUGGAUCCGGCUCAGUCUGGUCUGAGUACAGAUUCACCCCUCUGGAACUGGACUCUGGAGGAAACAUCAGCUGCAGGGCCACGAUGGACCUGCAGGACCUGCCAGCUGAGGACAAGACCAGAGUGACCACUGUCCUCCUAAACCUGCUCUAUGCUCCUGUUGUCAAGAUGACAUCAGACUCCGUGUUGGUGAUGGCCGGCUCUCCGCUCACUCUCACCUGCAUUGUGGAGGGAAACCCCGAUCCCAGUGUCACCUGGAGCUUCAGGUGGGCAGACGGUCGGUCUGAGGUACGCGGUCUAGGCCGACAGCUGGUCCUCACAGCGGUGACUCCGUCUGAGGCCGGACGCUAUGACUGUGAGGCCCGGAACUCAGAGGGGAACCGGACGGCUGAAGUGGAGGUCACCGUUCAUGCUCCGCCCACCAACACCUCCCUCUCAGUGAGUCCAGGUGAGGAGGUGCUGGAGGGUCAGCAGGUGACGUUGACCUGCCGCUCAGACGGAGCACCGCCCACCACGCUGGUGCUGAGGAGGGAGGGGGCUGAGCUCCAGAGGACUGACCCCGCCUCCUCGCUCUCCUUCAGCCUCUCCUCCGCCCAGCUGGAAGACUCCACCCACUAUCAGUGUGAAGCCUCCAACCAGUACGGUACCCAACUGGUCUCCAGCUCCGUCACCGUCUCAGCUCCUCCGAGAAACACCACUGUCCUGGUCCUGCCGUCUACGGUGGUCCAGGAGGGACAAAAUGUCACCAUCUGCUGCCAGACCGUCAGCUUCCCACUGUCAGCCGUGGUCCUGAGGAAACUGACCAAUGGGAUGGAGCUGUAUUCCUCCAAUGGAACCUUCCUAUUGGUCAACGUGACGGCCAGAGACUCUGGUCUGUACCAGGUCAACGUGACCAACGACCUCGGGUUCCAGGUCAAAGUCUUUAGCAUCAGCGUAAGAGAGAGAAGCACCAGUGUUCCUCCCAGUCUCAGUGCUGUCCUCAUCCCAGUCGUCUGCUUUGCUGCUGGACUAGCAGCUGCUGCUCUGCUCCUCGACUACCUGAGGAGAUCCAGGAAGAAAGGUUUCUAUCAGCUGCCCCAGUCUGCCCCUCCUUCAGCCUGAGGCUAACACGUGGCUACCACGUCCUACCAUGCAGCUACCGAGUCACAACAUGUGGUUACCAAGUCCCAAUAUGCGGCUAUCAAGUCCCAACAUGUGGCUACGACAUCCCAACACAUGGCAACCACGUAUUAGCAUGUGGCUACCACGUUCCAACGUGGGCCUUCCAAGUCCCAACAUGCAGCUACCGAGUCCCAACAUGUGGUUACAAAGUUCCAAUAUGCGGCUACCAAGUCACAACAUGUGGCUACCAAGUCCCAACAUGUGGUUACCAAGUCCCAACAUGUGGCUACCAUCUCUCAGCGUAUGGCUACUAAUUUGCAACAUGUGAUUUCAAUAUCCUUACCUGUGGCUUGUAUUACCCAAAACAUGACUACCACUUCUAAUAUCCCAUUGUGUG